AACCCCUUUUAAGCCACGUUGGGUUCAAGGCAGCAACUGCUUGGGGUAGAAGCCAUGGCUCACAGACUCUGCUUCUCCUACUGGCUGCUGGUCUGCUGGUUGGUGGUAACUGUGGCAGAAGGACAGGAAGAGGUAUUCACCCCUCCUGGAGACUCACAAAAUAAUGCAGAGCCUACAGACUGCCAGAUCUUUACACUUACCCCUCCUCCCACCACAAGGAACCCAGUGACGAGGAUCCAGCCCAUCACCAGGACACCUAGUUGUCCCUUCCAUUUUUUCCCGCCACAAAGGCCCAGAGUCCACAUUAGGUUCCCAUACAGACCUUUCCUCCCUCCGAUGUGCUACCACCCUUUUCAGUUCCAUCCACUUUUUCGGCCGCAUAGUCGCCUUCCUCCUUAUUAUUAUUUCCCCAGAAGAAGACUCUGGAGAGGAAGCUCCUCUGAGGAAAGCAGAGAAAAGAGAGAAGCCCCAAACGUGCUGAAAAAGAUUUCUGUUUUCAGUUACUAACCUAAACCUAUUGGACUGGAAAAUUAAGCAUCUUAAACUCCACCGACUAGAAAUUGUUCUCCUUGUCAGCAGUGAACAUAUUGGUUUAUAGGUUAUUCAUGUUUGCAAAAUAGAAGCAAUAACUACAUUAUGCUUACCUCUUAGUUUUUAUGAUCACAGGAUACUUACGCAAGAAAAGUUCUAAAACAGGUGGUUCCAAUAAUACCUAUCAUCCUGCAAUACCAGAAGAAUCAGCUCCAUCUUCUAAAUUACAACGAAGAGCAUUUAAAUAAAUUGAGAUUGUUAUAAACCAAAUGGAUACAUUAAUGACACCCUUUUAUACUCACUGGAAAACUUACAAAGCAAGGCGUAUUUACAAAGUGAACUUUGAAAGAAAUUAUAAAAAACUGAAAGCUUUAUUUUAUUCUCUGGCAAUGGUUAUUUAUUCAUUUUUAAUGGAGAUAUAAUUGACAUACUAUAUUAGUUUCAGGUUAUAUAACAUAAUGACUCGAUAUUUGUAUAUAUUGCAAAAUGAUCACCACAGUAAGUUCAGUUAACAUCCAUCACCACACAUAGUUACAAAACCUUUUUUCUUUUUUUUUUUUCCUUCUUUUUUUUUUUGCAGUACGCGGGCCUCUCACUGUUGUGGCCUCUCCCAUCGCGGAGCACAGGCUCCGGAUGCGCAGGCUCAGCGGCCAUGGCUCACGGGCCCAGCCACUCUGCGGCAUGUGGGAUCUUCCCGGACCGGGGCACGAACCUGUGUCCCCUGCAUCGGCAGGCGGACUCUGAACCACUGCGCCACCAGGGAAGCCCCAAAACUGUUUUCUUUUGAUGAGAACUUUCAAAAUCCACUCAGCUUUCUAACAACAACAACAACAAAAGAAAUUAUAAAGAUUAAAACAAAACAAAGUUAUGUGGAGUCUGACUAUAAGUAAUACUUUAAAGGUAUUAUAAGCUAAAUUACCUAACCAAAAAACUAUUUUUUAACUGUAAUAUGUACUUCAAUGUUAACUGUUUCAGCAACCAAUGAAAAUUAGUUUGAUAAGUAUCUCACUGUUUCUCCCAUUAUCAUCAUAUAGAUACUAGUUUAAAUGAUGUACUUCCCCUAAAACUUUCAACAUGAUUCCAGGCUCAAAAUUCCAAUUAAAAGUUUACAGGGAUGUUCCUCUAACUCUAGAACUCCACAGACACUCAGUUCACUCAGCUAUAGGAACCUUGUGUUCUGAGGAUACAAUAUAAGUAAAAAAUCCCACAGGCUGCAUUCACUGGUUAUUUCUUUAGCCAUUCUGUACAAUACUGCCUCCUGUUCGUGCUACUCACCUUGCCUGUAACAUAGGAACUUUAGUUUCUCAUAUGCAAUCAGUGGCUUACACCUGUUGCUCUCAAAAUCUGUGUGCAAAGUUGCUGCUGCUGCUUCUACAAAGGAAAAAAAAAGGGAGGGAGGGGACAUAAAGACAUGAAGACACUGGGAAUGUUACCUGGGAAAUGGAGAGAGAGAAAACCGUCAUGCUCUGUUUCUUCACUAUAUUAAAAGAUAAAAAGAAAAACAAUAUUUGCUUUACUCACUUCAUAGCAAAUUUUCAUUCUAAGAACAGCCAGGCUUAAAUAAAACCUGUAUUUGAAAUCCUCA